AUGUUGUGGUGGAAAGAUUUUCUUGCUGCUCUGAUUGUCGCCUCUUUAGUUAAUAGUACCGAGUUGCCUUCAGAUGGUAUUACAAUUUCCGUAGAGCGAGUGAUUGAUAUAUCGACACAGGUAGUGAAAGUAACAGAUAAAUAUGAAGUAACAAAUGAUGGCAGUAAGGAAAUCAGUAGUUUCGUACAUUUAGUCCAUGAAAAGGAGUACUUGCGGCUUGCAUACAUUUCUGCGGUUGUUUCAAAAGAAGAUACGAGAUUAAAAGUGUCAAAUAUUGAGAAUGAAAAGCACAAUAUAAAAGAAGGAUUUGUGGCUUACAAGAUUGAAUUGCUAGAUACUAUUCCACCGAACGGUAAAGCAGUUAUUGCCGUGGAGUACCAAUUGACAGAAUAUUUAGAACUGCAUCCAAAAAGAAUCACCCAGGCUGAAUCGCAGUUUGCUAUUUACAAAGGAAAUGCGUAUGUUCCGAGUAUUUAUCCAAUGAAACAGGAAAUAACUGUGAUACUUUUACCUAGCGGAAAACUUGAAUCUCGUACAACAGUUUCACCAACAUCAGUUGACAAUGGUAAAAUAACUUAUGGUCCGUAUGUUAACCAGAAACCGUAUGCAGUGAUGGAAAUCGUUGUACACUGUGAAAACAACACGCCGUUUGUUGUAGCAACUACUGUCGUGCGAGUGAUUGAAGUUUCACAUUGGGGUAAUAUUGCUGUGGAAGAAGCGAUUAGUGUUAUUCAUAAGGGAGCAGAAUUAAAGGGUUCAUUUUCUCGUCUUGAUUUCCAAAUGGAUCGAAGGGGCAGUAAAAGGCCGAUAGUAACUCAAUAUAAAACUUUGUUACCAGCAUCCGCGAAGGAUAUUUAUUACCGCGACGAAAUUGGUAACAUCUCUACUUCAGCUGUGCGGAAAAUGACAGAUGUUGUUGAAUUAAUUGUACAACCGCGUUUUCCACUGUUCGGUGGAUGGAAAACAGAUUAUGUACUCGGUUACAACGUUCCAGCUUAUCAAUAUCUUUAUUCAUCAGGCAAUAAAUUCGCACUGAAGAUGCGUAUUGUCGAUCAUCUAUUUGACGAUGCCGUUAUUGAAAACUUAAAGUUGAAAAUUAUACUACCAGAAGGGAGCAAAAACUUCAAACUGGCAACACCAUAUCCAGUGACGAGACAUCCGGAUGAAUUGCAUUUUACAUAUCUGGAUACCACCGGCCGUCCUGUUAUCACAAUUGAAAAAGAUAACCUCGUGGACUUCCAUAUCCAGAUGUUUACUUUACACUAUGAAUUUGACCGUAUGCAGCUUUGGAGAGAACCCUUCCUCGCUUGUGCUGCUUUUGCAACUUUGUUUCUUGCAGUCAUCGUAUAUGUCCGAUUGGAUUUCACAAUCUCGCCUGACGUUGCAACAGAAAGUCGCUUGCAAGCUCAGGGACAGGUGGAGCAGCUAACAGAUCUUCAUGCCGAUCGAUUAAAAAUUUAUGAUCAUUUUGCGGAUGCUGUGAAUAAAUUCAAGAAUACUAAGGAUUCAGCUGCAUUUACAAUAGCGAAAAAGAAGGCGGAGAAUGAUCUGAAAAACAUUGGGCAAGCUAUCGGUGAUCUGCAGAGCGAAUUAAGAUCUACUAACGCUGACAUAUCUGACAAGCUGAAUGAAGUCAACAAAAUACACAAAUUAAUGAUGGAUGUUAUAAACAAUUAUUUGGGACAGACGGAACGCUUUGUUAAAGGGCAGCUUUCCAAAACGGCUUUCGCCGAUGUAGAGAAAUCGUAUGCACAGAAACUGAAUGAAGCAAAGGAGAGAAUGGAUUCGGUAAUUUAUGCUCUGUAG